AUUGACGAGAUUAACGACUUAACUUGACAAUCUUUCUUCAAGGUCUCCUCUAUUGUAGCCCUCUCCCCAACCUCUUCACCUUCUCUCCUCUCUUUCCUUUCUCUCGCUCUCCCCGUCUCCCACAUACCGGAAGAAGAAAACCAAAUCAGGGAGAAAAAUAAGGGUAACUGGGACUUGAUCAUUGAUUCAACGACGAUAUGGGGAAGAACAAGAAUGCAGAGUACCCCAACGCCGACGACAAUAACGAUGACGGUAAGGGGAGUUACAAUUACAAGAUGUUCAGCGUCUUCAAUCGCAAGUUCAAAAUCACGGAGCCCGAGCCGCCGGCCGACGUCCAGAAUCUAUUCGCCGAGUAUUCGGAGGGCCGUCAGGAGAUGACCGCCAAUCAGUUCCGUAGCUUCCUUACCGAUCACCAGAGCGAGCACGAUUGCACGCUCGAGGAAGCCGAGAGGCUCGUCGCCGAAAUCCUUCAACGGCGGCACCAUUCAACGGCGUACGUCGAUAAUGGCCUCAAACUCGACGACUUCUUCGAGUUCUUGCUCUCCGACGACCUCAAUGGCCCCAUCAACAAACAGGUGCAUCAUGAUAUGUGUGCGCCAUUGUCACAUUAUUUCAUAUACACAGGCCAUAAUUCCUACCUAACUGGGAAUCAGCUCAGCAGUGAUUGCAGCGAGGUCCCCAUUGUAAGAGCAUUACAGAGAGGGGUUCGAGUGAUUGAGCUAGACUUAUGGCCUAAUUCCUCCAAGGACGAGAUCCAUGUUCUUCACGGCAGGACCUUGACCACGCCUGUAUCGCUCUUCAAAUGCUUGAAGUCGAUACGAGACUAUGCUUUCGUCCGUUCUCCUUAUCCGGUCAUAAUCACCUUGGAAGAUCACCUCACAGCAGAGCUUCAAGAGAAAGUUGCAGAGAUGUUGGUUCAAAUAUUUGGGGAGAUGUUGUAUUACCCAGAGUCGGAUAGCUUGAUUCAGUUGCCUUCGCCGGAAGUACUGAAAUAUCGAGUCAUGAUCUCAACCAAACCGCCAAAGGAGUAUCUCGAAUCGAGCGGCAUCAAACAAAAGGGAACGCCACGAGAUAGUGGGACCGAGGAUGACAAUGAAGAUUAUUAUGAAGAUGCAAUUGAAACUUUUGAAACAGAUGACUGGGUGAGUACGAUGUUACUAACUAUCUGUUUCUAUAGCCAGAGCAACAUUAGUGAUGAAGAAGACGAAGAUUGGAGUGACUGCAGAUCAUCAGGGCAACUAAAUCCUCCCGGGUACAAAGGGCUUAUAACCAUUCAUGCCGGAAAGCCUAAGGGAGCACUAAAAGAUGCAUUGCGCCCUGCCGCCGAUAAAAUCAGACGGCUUAGUAUGAGUGAGCAGGAGCUUGAGAAGGCCGCCACUACAAAUGGAACUGAUAUAGUCAGAUUUACGCAAAAUAACAUAUUGAGAGUUUAUCCAAAGGGAACACGAAUCACGUCCUCUAAUUACAAGCCGAUGGUGGGGUGGAUGCAUGGGGCACAAAUGAUUGCAUUCAACAUGCAGGGAUAUGGGAAAUCACUUUGGUUGAUGCAUGGUAUGUUCCAGGCUAAUGGAGGAUGCGGGUACGUGAAGAAGCCUGAUUUUCUGAUGAAGAAAGGCAUCAAUAAUACUGAGGUUUUCGAUCCCAGGAAAAGAUUGUUAGUGCAAAAACGAUUGAAGGUCAAGGUGUAUUUGGGUGAUGGAUGGCGCCUCGACUUUAGCCACACACAUUUUGAUGCUUAUUCACCACCAGACUUCUACAUCAAGAUUUACAUUGUUGGUGCAGCAGUCGAUUCGACGCAAAAGAAAACAAGGAUCAUCGAGGACAAUUGGUCUCCCAUAUGGAACGAAGAGUUUAUGUUCCCAUUGACGCUUCCAGAGCUAGCUCUGCUUCGAAUCGAGGUCCGAGAUCAUGACAAGUCUGAGAAAGAUGAUUUUGGUGGGCAGACAUGUUUGCCCGUCUCAGAGCUCAGACGAGGGAUACGAUCGGUUCAUCUUCACGACAAGAAAGGCGAGAAGCUGAAUAAUGUAAAGCUUUUGAUGGGAUUUGAGCUUUUGUAGAUUUUUAUGUAUGUAUGUAUAUCUUGGAGCAGAAUUAUACUAAUUAGUUAGGCAGCAAAAUUAAAGGAUUCAAAUCAAAAUUUGUGGUCUUAGAGUGUAGGUAUUACUUGUUAGAUUCAACUGCUGCACCAUUGAAAAUUUGAAAUCUCUGAAAAGGUUAGACGUAAUUCUCAAAGAAGAAC